AUGGGCGCCAAGCAAAAGGGUGGCGGCGCGAAGCCUAAGAACACGGCGGAGGAAGUAGAGGCGACCCUUCAGGCGGUCGUACUUGCCGAUACCUUUGAGACUAGAUUCGAGCCUUUCACGCGCGACAAGCCAAGGUGUCUACUCCCUCUCGCCAAUACCCCUCUCAUCGAAUACACCCUCGAGUUCCUUGCCAAUGCGGGCGUCGAAGAGGUAUUCCUAUACGCAGGUGCUCAUUCGGAUCAACUAGAGAAAUACAUCAACACUUCAAAAUGGCGAGCUCCAUCCUCGCCCUUCAAGCAAUUGACCUUCCUCAAGUCCACCUCUACCUCCGUCGGUGAUGUCAUGCGAGAUCUCGACGGCAAGCAUCUCAUCACUGGCGAUUUCAUCGUCGUGAGCGGCGAUGUCAUCAGCAACCUGCCCAUCGAGGGCGCUCUCACGAAGCACCGCAAGCGUCGUGAGGCCGACAAGAACGCCAUUAUGACCAUGGUCCUCCGCGAGGCGGGCCGCAACCACCGCGCCAAAUCCUCCUCCAUCUCCCCCGUCUUCGUGAUCGACCCAACCAAGGAUCGCUGUCUGCACUACGAGGAGAUCGACCACCACUCCGACGAGCACCCGGCACGCCUGAACAUUGAUUCCGAUAUCAUCUUGUCCACGCCCGAACUGGACAUCCGCCAAGACCUUAUUGACUGCAGCAUUGAUAUCUGCACCCCGGACGUACUGAGCUUGUGGUCUGACAGCUUUGACUACCAGUCACCCCGGAAACACUACUUGUACGGAGUCUUGAAGGAUUAUGAAUUGAACGGCAAGACGAUCCAUACAUACAUCAUUAAAGAGGACUAUGCCGCGCGGGUACGCAACCUAAAGGCCUACGAUGCCGUCAGCAAGGAUAUCGUCUCGCGCUGGGCCUACCCCCUGUGCCCGGACACCAACCUCCUCCCGGGACACACCUACAGCCUCCGGAAGGGCAACUUGUACCAGGAGCAGGGCGUCACGCUCGCUCGCUCGUGUGUACUCGGUCGACGUACUGUGAUUGGUCGCGGUACUAGCAUCGGCGACCGGUCAACGGUGCACAGCACGAUUUUGGGUCGGAACUGCAAGAUCGGCAAGAAUGUCCAGCUGGAUGGCGCUUAUAUCUGGGACAAUGUGGUUAUCGGGGAUGGUUCAGAUGUCCGCGGGGCUAUUAUUGCGGACGGCGUUGUGGUUGGCAAGAACUGCUCCAUUGCUCAAGGUGCUCUUCUCUCCUAUGGUGUUAGAAUUGCAGACGGUGUCAAGAUCGAGAGUGGGAAGCGCAUUACCCGGUCUCGGCCUGAUGGAAGCGUGGGAACCAGUGACCCCGCGGUUGUCGGCGAGGGCGGCGAGGGAUACGAGUUUAUCCAUGGUGAGGACGAGGAGGAUGAGGAAGAUGAUAUCAGUGUGGCCUCGUCAGGAUUGGUAUACCGCAUGCCCGGCCUUUCACUAUCCAAUGCCUCGAUUUCCACCCUAUCCUCUGAAAUCUCCGAGGGAUCAUGGCCUCGCUCUGGGCGAAGCAGUUUCUCCGACGGCGAAGAGCAGGAUAACUUCCACCACGACGCCUCUGUCAGUGUCUUUGACAGUCUACGCGAAGGCACAUCCGCCGACGUGGUGCAGUUGGAACUGGUCAGUCUGCGCAUGACGGCCAACGCCUCCGACGUGCAAGUCCGACGGGCCGUGGUAUCCUCCUUUAUGAAGUAUAUCUCCCAGUUGAUGGACGGCGGCAAGGGAGCCAGCGAGGCGGUGAAGGAGGUGUUUACCAAAUACCGCGAAGUGGUGGACCGCACCUUGUUCGACCGCAAGAAGGAAGUCAAGAAGGACCAGGUGGACUUUUUGCUUCAGUUACAGCAGGACCUGGUGCAUCGGAACAAGGGUGCGAGUAUCUUGCUGUUUACGGCGAAGGAGCUGUAUGAUCUGGAGUUGGUGGAUGAGGAGGCUUAUGAGCAGUGGUGGGAGGAUGAGCGGGCUAGUAGUACGGAGGAGAUGCGGACUGUUCGGGCUCAGACGCAGCAGUUUGUGGAUUGGUUGGCGAAUGCUGAAGAGGAGAGUAGUGAGGAGGAAGAUGAGGAUGAGGAGGAUGAGGAGGAUGAGGAAGAGAGACCCUCCCCUCCCUCCCCCCUCCCCCACGUCGGCAUCUUUGCCGCACCCCCUUUCACCACGCCUCGCCUCACGCGGAAGAGAAAGGCGGCUGAGGCGGCGAUUGCGGACAACGACCAGUCUUCCUCCAAAGCCGCCACCAAGGCUGCCUACUCCGGAAACGCCAACGCCACUGCCACGACUGUGACCGCGACUGAGACUGCGACUGCGACUGCUUCUGACUCCAAGUCAAAGUCACGCUCUAAGCACGCUUCCUCUGUGACAGUGAACUCCCAGGAUACCGAGAGGGGCAGCUCAACUAGUUCCGCCAGCGUGACCGUGAAGAAGAGUCGUAUCGCGACGCCGGCGACGACGACGGGCAGUAUGGACUCCGAUGAUGAUUUUAUGAGCGAUGUGUCGAGCGCGGAGGACUUUAUCGAUACGCAGGGUAGUGAGGAUGAGAGUUUGGGAGAAGAUUUCAGCGACUUAGACACCGGCUUCUCCGAUGACAAAGAUCUCCUCAAGCAGAAGCGCAAACCAUACGAAGUCAAGUACAAGGUCUUGGCCCCCGUCGAUAUCGACCAUGAACAGCUCGUGCAGAUUAACGAGGUUUCCGCUAUCCUUGGUCUACCCCCAGAGUCGGCCGCGAUCCUGCUCCGAUAUGCCCGGUGGAAAAAGGAAAAGCUAAUAGAGGGCUACAUGGAGCGUGAGGACGAGACCCUGGAAGCGGCCGGGCUGGGCAAAAGUUCGCAGGGUACGGCGCGGACUGAGGUCAUCCCUGGAUUCAUGUGUGAUAUUUGCUGCGAUGAUGGGGAUAAUUUAGAGAGCUAUGCCAUGCGCUGUGGCCAUCGGUUCUGCGUUAGUUGUUACCGGCAGUACUUGGCUCAGAAGAUCAAGGAAGAAGGAGAGGCUGCCCGUAUCGAGUGCCCUGGUGAGAACUGCCAUCGCAUUGUGGAUUCUAAGUCUCUAGAUCUCUUGGUGACCGAUGACUUGAAAGAACGGUACCGCACGCUUCUUACCAGGACCUACGUGGAUGAUAGGGAGAAUCUACGAUGGUGCCCGGCACCCGAAUGCGUGUAUGCGGUCGACUGCGGCGUCAAGACCCGCGAUCUUCGCCGCGUCGUUCCCACCGUCCGAUGCCGCUGUGGACAUGAGUUCUGCUUCGGCUGCACCCUGAACGACCACCAGCCCACCCCUUGCACAUUGGUCAAGAUGUGGCUACAAAAGUGCGAGGAUGACUCGGAGACCGCCAACUGGAUAUCCGCCAAUACCAAGGAAUGCCCCAAGUGCCAGUCAACGAUCGAGAAGAACGGCGGCUGCAACCAUAUGACCUGCCGCAAGUGCAAGCACGAAUUCUGCUGGAUGUGCAUGGGUCUCUGGUCCGAACACGGCACCAGCUGGUACAACUGCAACCGAUAUGAAGAAAAAUCAGGCUCUGAGGCUCGGGGUGCCCAGGCCAAAUCUCGUGCCUCGUUGGAACGUUAUCUGCAUUACUACAACCGCUAUGCGAACCACGAGCAAUCCGCCAAACUAGACAAAGAUCUGUAUCUCAAGACCGAGAAGAAGAUGACCAGUCUGCAGUCCGCGUCGGGACUGUCCUGGAUUGAAGUGCAGUUCCUCGACACCGCCUCGCAGGCUCUUCAACAGUGCCGCCAGACGCUGAAGUGGACGUAUGCAUUUGCAUUCUAUCUGGCGAGGAAUAACCUUACGGAGAUAUUUGAGGAUAAUCAGAAGGAUCUGGAGAUGGCGGUCGAGAGUCUGAGUGAGAUGUUUGAGAAGCCCGUGCCCGAACUGGCCGAGCUCAAGGUGGAUAUUCUCGACAAGACGGCCUAUUGCAAUAAGCGCCGGGUCAUUUUGUUGAGUGAUACUGCCGAGAACUUGAAGAAUGGAGAAUGGUCGUUCAACGUCGAGUGGUGA